CCCAGCCUCGGGGUGGCCGGGAGAGUGCUCGGGAGGGAAGGCUCCAUGGGGGCCAGGCAGUCACGGGCCAGCUCCAGGGACAAGGGCUCCAAGAGGAUGCUGCUCCUGGGGAGGAGGCAGAAGUUUUCUCCGUGGGACGACACCCUGCUCUCGGGAAGGGACCCGCGGUCUCUGCUGAAGCGGGGCAUGUGCCACGUCAGCUUCAGCCUGGUCACCAAAGGAAUGACAGACAUCCCCGACUUUCUGUGGGGCUUGUCUGAGGUCCAGAAACUCAAUCUGUCUCACAAUCGACUCCGGGUGCUCCCUCCCGAGGUGGGGAAACUGACUCGGAUCGUGGUCCUGAACUUGUGCGGGAACCACCUGAAGAGUCUGCCCCGGGAGGUCAGCCUCCUGCAGAGCCUCAAGGUCCUGUUUGUCAACAUGAACUGCCUGACCGAGGUGCCGGCCGAGCUGAGCUUGUGCAGAAACCUGGAAGUCCUGAGCUUGUCGCACAACUGCCUGUCCCAGCUGCCCGCCAGCCUCGCCGACCUUUCCAGGCUGAGGAAGCUGAACCUCAGCAACAACUACUUUGCUCACAUCCCCAUUUGUGUGUUCUCGCUGAAGGAGCUGGAUUUCUUGCACGUGGGCUCCAAUCGCCUGGAAAACAUCGCCGAGAGCAUCCAGUGCCUGGCCAGCCUGCAGAUCUUCAUCGCGGAGAGCAACAACAUCCACUCCUUCCCGAGGUCGCUCUGCCUCAUCACGAGCCUGGAGCUGCUGAACUUGAACAACAAUGACAUCCAGACCCUCCCGGACGAGCUCUACCUGCUGCGCAGACUGGUCAAGAUCGCGUGGAACCCCAUGGACAAAGGGCUGCACAUUUCCCACAAUCCUCUGGCCAAGCCCCUGCCGGAGCUGGUGGAGGGGGGCCUAGAGAUGCUCUUCGGCUACCUGAAGGACAAAAAGCACAGCUGA